AUGAGUAUAGAAAUCCCCGAGGGUCUGACGGAGCUUCUACAGAGCUUUACGGUGGAGGUGUUGAGGAAUCAGCCGCGGGAUCUUCUCGAGUUCGCGCUGCAGUAUUUCACCCAGCUGAAGGAGAACGAAGCGAGGGCGGCCGCGUUCGGCAAUGAUCAGCAGCAUUCAGCACUGCGCGCUGGGAAAGCUGUUAAUUUCAUCGAGGAGGCCAUGCAGAUCGACUCCGAGAAUGGAGAGGACGAGGAGGACGAUGAGGAAUUCGUAGCCCCAGUCAUAAACAGAUUCAUCAGACGUCCUUCAGUGUGUGCAGAAGCCUUCAACCCAGAUGAGGAUGAAGAGGACAAAGAGCCGAGGGUGACUUACCCAAAAACAGAUGAACAGAGGCACAGGUUACAGGAGGCCUGCAAAGACAUUCUUCUUUUUAAAAAUCUAGACCAGGAGCAAAUGUCCCAAGUCCUGGAUGCCAUGUUUGAGAAGAUAGUUCUUACAGGAGAACAUAUCAUUGACCAAGAUGAUGAUGGUGACAAUUUUUAUGUUAUUGAGAGAGGGAUGUUUGACAUCCUUGUGAAAAUAGAAGGCACUACAAGAACUGUGGGCUCAUAUGAUAACCGUGGGAGUUUUGGAGAGCUUGCACUAAUGUAUAACACCCCACGGGCAGCCACUAUUGUUGCUACCUCACCUGGAGCCCUCUGGUGUUUAGAUCGAUUGACAUUUAGAAGGAUUAUUGUAAAAAACAACGCCAAGAAAAGGAAAAUGUACGAAGCUUUUAUCGAGACCCUUCCACUUCUUACAUCACUGGAGGUCUCAGAACGAAUGAAGGUGGUGGAUGUCCUGUCAUCCAGAGAGUACAGUAAUGGAGAGCAGAUCAUUGCGCAAGGAGACCUGGCUGAUUGUUUCUACAUCGUAGAAUCAGGCGAAGUUAGAAUCACCAUAAAGAGAAAUCAGCUGAAAACGGAUUCUGAGGAAGAAGAGGUGGACAUCGCAAAGUGCACUAGAGGGCAGUACUUUGGAGAACUAGCCCUUGUAACCAACAAACCAAGGGCAGCUUCUGCAUAUGCUGUGAACAAUGUCAAAUGCUUAGUAAUGGGCGUCCAGGCGUUUGAGAGGUUAUUGGGGCCAUGCAUGGAUAUUAUGAAACGUAACAUUGCUAACUAUGAAGAGCAGCUGGUCACCCUGUUUGGGAGUCAAAUGAAAAUUGAGGAGCAAAGUGCAUGAAAUAAAAAGCACUCAAAUGCAACAUAAUGUAAAAAUGAAAAUAAUGGUGAGUUCAGGUCUCUCACUA